GAUGCAAACACAGUUGGGUAGUGCAGCAUUUCCUCGUCUUCUCCGCCGCUCCCUCUCUUAUAUUCCCUCCAUUCUCUACUCUCUCCAUUCGCUCCUUAAUUUAUUUCAUUUCUUUCGCUUUCUCUCCAAUUCCUCUCCUCAAAGCCAAAAACACAAGGAAAUGGCUUCUCCCUUUCUCUCUAACACUACCAUCUCUUUCUCUUCUUCCCUUUCUUCUUCUUCUCUUCCUCGUAUUGCCCCUUCAAUUCCUUUUUCUUCAAUUCGCUCCAAUUCAACCCCAAGACGAAUCCUGACCGUCCGUUCCAAGAUCAGGGAGAUCUUCAUGCCUGCCCUCAGUUCUACCAUGACCGAGGGCAAGAUCGUCUCUUGGGUUAAAUCCGAAGGUGAUGUACUCUCCAAAGGUGAAAGCGUCGUCGUUGUCGAAUCCGACAAGGCUGACAUGGAUGUCGAGACUUUCUACGACGGCAUUCUCGCUGCUAUAGUUGUUGGGGAAGGCGAAACUGCUCCUGUUGGUGCUGCCAUUGGUAUUCUCGCUGAGACUGAAGAUGAAAUUGCUGAGGCUAAAGCCAAAGCUGCCUCAAAAUCAGGUGCUUCAACCCCAUCUGCUCCUCCUCCUGCUCCAGCUCCAGGUGCUGCCUCAACUCCAGCUCCUCCCAAAUCGACGCCAGCUCCCGCGGCUCCAACAGUUGCGGAGGGGCCGAGGAAGACUGUUGCCACACCAUUUGCAAAGAAGUUAGCGAAGCAGCACAAGGUGGACAUUGAGUCUGUGGUUGGAACAGGUCCGUAUGGGAGGAUUACGCCAGAGGACAUUGAGGCCGCCGCCGGUCUUUCGCCUUCGAAGAAAAAUGUGGGGCUUGCAGUGGUUGUGGAAACGAAGCCUGCAGCACCAGCGAAAGCUCCAGCUGCUUCUGCCGCCCCUUCUAGCCUUCCUCCUCCAGUUCCAGGAUCUACGGUAGUGCCGUUUACGACAAUGCAGGCUGCCGUUUCGAAGAAUAUGGUGGAGAGCCUUUCAGUGCCCACAUUUCGAGUGGGGUAUCCUGUGACUACGGACGCGCUUGAUGCCUUGUAUGAGAAGGUGAAACCAAAGGGAGUGACAAUGACUGCUUUGUUAGCCAAAGCUGCCGCAAUGGCACUUGCGCAGCACCCUCUUGUGAAUUCAAGCUGUAAAGAUGGCAAGAGUUUUACUUACAAUAGUAACAUCAACAUUGCAGUAGCUGUUGCUAUUAAUGGUGGCUUGAUUACCCCUGUUCUUCAAGAUGCAGAUAAGUUGGAUUUGUAUCUACUGUCUCAAAAAUGGAAAGAAUUGGUGGAGAAAGCCCGGGCAAAGCAGCUUCAGCCUCAAGAGUAUAAUUCGGGGACAUUCACUCUGUCCAAUCUGGGCAUGUUUGGAGUGGACAGGUUUGAUGCCAUUCUUCCCCCAGGCCAGGGAGCUAUCAUGGCUGUUGGAGCAUCAAAGCCAACUGUUGUAGCUGAUGCUGAUGGAUUCUUCAGCGUGAAAAACAAAAUGCUGGUGAAUGUUACUGCUGACCACCGAAUUAUCUAUGGUGCUGAUUUGGCUGCCUUCCUUCAGACCUUCUCAAAGAUUGUUGAGAACCCUGAAAGCCUCACUUUGUAGAUGAUUCUCAGAUUUAUGCAAUGAAUUCACACCGAGUCUUCUAAUUUCACGGCAAAGCAGAGCUGUUGUCUGUGUAUUCAAACAGAUGGCCUAGCUGAGGACCUUUUCUCUGUAUCAGUACAAUUUGUAUCGCGAUACAUUUUUUCUUUUCUUUUUAAAGUAUUUCAGGUGCAAUCUCAGAUUGAGUUGAAUUAGAUAUUGGAAGAAACAGAAUAACUACGGGAUGUUUUUGAUAGAAUUAAAUGAAAAUUGCUUUAUUAAGAA